UCGCGUCAGUGACUGGGCGGGGUAAUACCCGGUUUACUGGACGGACGCGUUCAACUUCAUAACAAACUUUGUCAGCCGUGUUCAGUAUCGCUUCAGCAUGCACCAUAGGAAUCUCACUGUGUCUCAUUAUGAGGCACCAGAGACCAGGGUCCAAAUGUAAUGGCCACACUUAAGACCAGGUGGCUUCAGUCCAUCUUGCUGGUCAGCCUGUCGAGCUGGUGUACUCUUGCAGUUGCUUCACUCGCUCCUGCUCCUCCAGCUCCUCCUGAGUGCUUUAUCCCUUGUGAUGAGCCAAACUGUUUGCUACAUAUCAGCUGUACUUCAGAUCCAAGGCAGGAACCUCAGAUUCCCACUAACUACAGCCUGCACUGGAAGACAGCAAAUAGCGAGCACGGCCAUGCGAUCAGUGGGACUAGUUUGAAUUGGCUGAUCCAUCGUGAAGACUUUUCCCACCAUGAUAAAAUUCGUGUUUGGGUCCAGGCUAAGAACCAGCAUGGUUCUGCCAGAUCUGAGGAGGUUGUGUUCAAUACAGAAGAUAUCAUCAAGCCUCCCCCUCCUACAGUCACAGCGAUGCAUCAGGACCCCUUAGAGAUUCACUGGACCUCUACCUGUAACCAGCUGCAGGGAACCUGUGAUGUCCGACAUCGCACAGAAGCAGAACAAGUCUGGCCUGAGUGGGAGAACGGAUUCCAUAGCAGCUAUACAUUCGACGAUCACCGGCCCUGCACAGUCUAUGAAUUUCAAGUUCGCUGUGCCUGUGGCAGAGGCUUGCCAAGUGACUGGAGUGCCAUCCAAAGAAUACAAGGCACAGAGACGACCCCUGUUGGAGAGCUAGACAUAUGGAGGGACUGUAGGAUAUCCAAAGAGACCUCUGACUGUAUUCUGAUGUGGAAGAGGCUUCCUAUGCAUCGGGCAUGCGGUUUCAUUCUGGGAUAUGGAGUCAGACUGUAUUACAGUAACAACACUGUGGAGUUGGUGAAUGUGUCCACGGCCGAGCCAGAGGGCCGGUUAGAUUGUAAUGAGAUGCAGUGCCGCUUCAAUCCCUCACUAAAGAAUGUAUUAUCAAUCAGUGUAUCAGCCUACAAUGCUCAUGGCGCCACAGAGCCUUCUAAACUCGUCAUGCCAAUAUCAGGGAAAGAUAAGAAUGAGCAAGCUAUUGACCUUAAGAUGAAUGAAGAGAACCUCACUGUGUCCUGGGAUCUGCCCUCUCAGCUCUCUGACAACCUAAAGGAAUAUGUGGUGCAAUACAAACAAGAAUGUUCUCAGGACCAAGCAUUCGAUUGGAUCAAAGUGAACAAAAGCCAAAGAACAGCAUUUUUCAAAGGUCAAUUCAAAAAGUACACACCGUACCGAGUGUCACUGUUCACAGUAUCGAACGGCGGUGAAGUUCAUCACCUUUCAUCGCUUAUUGGAUAUUCUCUUCAAAAAACUCCCUCUAGAGUGCCAUUAUUUCAGGUAUCUUCCAUUGCUGCUACUCACGUGACUCUGCUUUGGAAGGAUGUUCCACCUUGUGAGCAGUAUGGGGUGAUCCUUUACUACCAAAUAGGAGUAGCUGGACAAAAAGUGUACAACGCAUCCGCACAUGAUGAAGAUAAGACUUUUAAGUUGCCGCAUCUCAGUCCAGGACAGGGGUAUGAGGUGUGGAUAAGAGCUGUGAAUGUAGCUGGGCCUGGAGAAAAUGCCACCACGAGUUUCGAAACAGAGGAAAAGUUUGCAUAUGUCCCAGUCCUGCUUGGAAUAUUAAGUCUGUUUGUGUGCGUAUGCUUUUUUUGUGUGGCAUUCAGUCCUUGUCGAUCAGAAAAAUCAUGUGCAUGGGGUGAUAAAGUGCCAGACCCUCGCAAUAGCCACAUUUUCAGAGACAUGAAGCAUCAGAUUAAUGACCCCAAGAGUUGGAUCUGUGUUCCCAUAUUCAAUGAGCCACAUCCAGAGAUCUCUCUGUUGGAGGUUGUGGAAAUCCCACUCAAGGCUUCCAAGUCCUCCCUGGAGAAAACAUCAGACGCUGACGAAUUAAGUAGGCCAUUGGUCAGAAAGGGGAGCUCACAGAUGGACUGCCAAGAUGAUCAGAGGGACGAUGUUGUAAUAGAGGAGAAUCAUAGGACAGACCACAAAUAUGGAAGACAGGCAUACAGUAAAAUGGUUGACUCAGAUGAGGACAAGGAGGAUAGUUGGAGCUCAGAGGAGGAACAGUGCACAUCAGGAUAUGAAAAGCACUUCAUGCCAACUCCUUUGGAAAUACUAUGAUCUCUGCGGGAUCCCGGAGAGCUAACUAAGGUCAUUGGAGAGAUUUGUAUACUAAAGACAGGCUGUACCUCUUGCUACCCUGACUUCCUCCUUUCACAUUUGUUUAUUGUGGCAUUUGGUUUGGCUACAUUUGAAUAUUGUUUGUUUCGCCACAUGAUGUUCCCAUUUCCCUUUUUCUGUGCUUCAUUGAUAGAAUACAAACCAAAAGUAGUGUUUUAAGAGGAAAAAAUAAAACACAUCACACAUUGAUCCAGACUAGAGCCCAUUAUUUGUGAUAGCAUCAUGAUCAUAUGUAAAAUGCUUGAGUCAGUGUGGAACAUGAUAUAUAUUAACUACGAGAUAAGCUUAUGAAUGUCUACAUCUGUGAAUCAGAAAUACUACAAAGCUGCAAUAACUCCUAACAUUCCAGGUCUUUUUUUUAUGUAUUAUCUUCUCAUUUAUCUGCAUUCUUUUUGUAAUAUAAAAAGUAAAAUGUGCCUUUCACAUUCGUACAACUGUCAUACAUGACCGAAUAAACAAUUUGAAUAAGG